UUGUUAAGCCUCCUUUGUGUGAUAGGAGUCGAAGCCUCUCAUAGAGUAUUCCCAACUUAUCAAUCUGUUGCUCCUUUUAAUGUCCAGGAAACUCACAGAACUGGCUAUCACUUUCAACCUCCCAGACAUUGGAUUAACGAUCCAAAUGGGCCUAUGUACUAUCAAGGGCUGUACCAUCUCUUCUACCAGUAUAACCCCAAGGGAGCCGUGUGGGGCAACAUAGUGUGGGCCCACUCAGUAUCAAAGGACCUCAUCAAUUGGACCCCACUUGAACCCGCCAUUUACCCAUCCAAACCCUGGGACAAAUAUGGAUGUUGGUCCGGAUCCGCCACUGUCGUCCCGGGCAAAGGACCCGUGAUCCUUUACACCGGAAUCAUUGAUGACAAGAACACCCAGGUCCAAUGCUAUGCUGUACCGGAGAAUGUAUCUGAUCCGUAUCUCCGGAAAUGGAUCAAGCCGGACCUCCAUAACCCUAUUGUGGUGGCGGAGCAAGGCGUGAAUGGAAGCGCAUUCCGCGACCCAACGACCGCCUGGUAUAGUAAAGACGGCCACUGGAGGAUCGUGGUGGGCAGUAAGAGGAAGCACAGAGGGAUGGCCUACUUGUAUAGAAGUAGGGACUUUUUGACAUGGAUCAAGGCCAAACACCCGCUCCAUUCUUCAGCGAAUACGGGUAUGUGGGAGUGCCCCGACUUCUACCCGGUUUUGUUGGAGGGGCAAGGCGGAUUGGACCUGUCAGCUAUGGAUGAACAAAAUGUGAAGCAUGUGUUGAAGAACAGUCUCGACCUAACUAGGUAUGAAUACUACACACUUGGAACAUAUUCCACCAGCACAGACAAGUAUGUCCCUGAUAACACUUCAGAAGAUGGUUGGGGUGGACUUCGAUACGAUUAUGGUAACUUUUAUGCUUCCAAGUCCUUCUUCGAUCCGAGCAAGAACAGAAGGAUCUUGUGGGGUUGGGCGAACGAAUCUGAUACUCCCAAAGAGGAUGUUUUAAAAGGAUGGGCAGGAAUUCAGGCAAUUCCAAGAACCUUGUGGCUCGAUCCUAGUAAAAGACAAUUGGUGCAAUGGCCCAUUGAAGAGUUAAACAGUCUAAGAGGGGAGCAAGUUACGAUGACCAAUCAAAUGCUUCAAAAGGGAGAUCACGUUGAAGUAAAAGGAAUCACUGCUGCUCAGGCUGACGUGGAAGCGAGCUUCUCUUUCACAAGCUUGGACAAUGCGGAGCCAUUUGAUCCAAGCUGGAAGAAUGCACAGGAUAUUUGUGCCCAAAAGGGUUCAAAGGUUCAAGGUGGUGUUGGCCCAUUUGGGCUUCUUACGUUGGCCUCACAAAACCUGGAGGAGUUCUCUCCUGUGUUUUUCAGAAUUUUCAAAGCCCCAGACAAGCACGUGGUUCUCUUGUGCUCUGAUGCGAGCAGCUCCACUUUGAAGAAGACAGCGUACAAGCCAUCAUUUGCUGGCUUUGUAGAUGUUGAUUUGGCAAGUAAGAAGCUUCCUCUUAGGAGUCUGAUUGAUCACUCUGUGGUGGAAAGUUUUGGAGCAGGAGGGAAGACAAACAUACUAUCUAGGGUUUAUCCUGAGCUGGCAGUGCAGAAUGAAGCUCACUUGUUUGUGUUCAACAAUGGCACGGAGCCUAUCGCAGUAGAGAAUCUCAACGCUUGGAGCAUGAAAUCUGCUGAGAGGCAAAACGAACUACCUGCCACGCCAACAGAAGAAGAAAGGGAGCCCUUUUUCAAGUGUGCUGGCCGUGAGAAGGCCCAAAGCGUCAACGAUAGUGACGGAGGGACAAGAGCGGCCGAAGGGAAGAAGAGAAAGGGAUAUCUGUUUUUGAUGUGUGCCGCGGCAACAACAACAGAGGGAGAAAAGCUGAUGAGAGCGACAGAUGGAGAAGAGUCGACAAGAGCAAAGAACAAAGAAGACCUAGCUACAGUGAGAGGGAGAACGGCGGUCGAAUGUAAUGCUUGA